AUGGCAGAUCAUUUAACGCAAAUUAAGUUAACCUUACCAAUUAAUUUAAAUUUGCCUAUGGGCACAAAUCUGAAUGAAAUUUACGAAUUAAGCAAGAUUACAAAAAUGGCAGUGUUCUAUAAAGAAAGUCAAAUAGUAUUCGUAAUAAAGCUUCCGCUGGUUACCGAAUUGGAGCUCACGUUGUUCAGAAUACUUCCAAUACCACAGCCGGUUGAAACAAUGAUAAACGGAAUAAAGAAUAAAAAUCAUAGUAUUGUUUUAAAACCAGAAUUCCAAUAUGUAGCGAUUACAAAGAAUAGGGAACAAUAUACCACGUUCACAGAAACUCAGCUUUUACAUUGUACGGAAACAGAAAUAUUCACAAUAUGUCCAGAAUUUUCACCAGUCGUUCACUCGAACAGCAAAAAUCCAUGUGAGAUAGCUUUAUUCAAAAAUCCGGAUGUCUUGCCAGAAACAUGCGAGACGGGAGUCCUAGUAUUAUCGAAAGACAUAUUUUAUAAAUUAAAACAUGCAAACACUUGGAUAUACACAACAAAGGGUGAAACAUUGACUAUUGCGUGUAGGGAAAAUGCGGAACCAUACAUUACGAAAAUACGGAAGCAAGGAUUGAUUUGGUUAAGAUCAAAAUGCAGAGCGUACGGAAACGAUAUUAUUUUAAAUCCGACACAAGAAAUAAAAUCAAAACACUAUGUUAACUUUAUACCCGAAGUAGGACAGGGAAAAAUAUCAUUUAAAGUAUCCGAUAGAAUAAAAAGUAUGAACCUACCUAAGAUAAUGGUUAAACAAGAUUCACAUAAACUCGAAAAAAUACACGAAAUAGCACAAUCGUUAGAUAAGGUGCAACAACAAAUCGAUAAUGAAAUAUUAACACAAUCAGGACAGCUUACUUCGUUGCGACGUCCACAAUAUGAAAUGGUACGAUUAGGUAGAAGUAAACUUUGUACGGAUGAUAUCAAAGUUGAACAAAAGUUUAAUAAGAUAGACGAACAAAAUACACUCGGAGGGGAGGAUGUACCACCCCAAAUAAAAUAA